CCCGCGACCACCACCAUCAUCAUGCUCGCCUCGUUUCCCAUUCAUUUUCAUUUCGUAUUGUAACCUUUCCGAUCCGUUAAUUUCUAAUCAGGCGGCAGGUAAUUAAUCGCGGAAGAUUUUCGAUCAUCACCUCCUCCGUCCUAACGUAACAAAACAAGAAGAAGAAGAAUCUGGAAGAUCGUGGUUAAGGUUUAGGGGAAUCGGAGAGUUUCAUAUACAGAUCUCCGGCAAGAAAUGGGAGGAAAUGGAGCGGCCAAGCUGGACGACCAACAGAUUGCCGAAUUGCGGGAGAUUUUCCGGUCGUUCGACCGCAACAAGGACGGGAGCUUGACUCAGCUGGAGCUGGGAUCGCUGAUCCGGUCGCUCGGACUCAACCCGAGUGCCGACCAGAUGGAGUCGUUGAUCCAGAAGGCCGACCGGAACAGUAACGGGUUGAUCGAGUUCUCCGAGUUUGUUGCGCUGGUGGAGCCGGAGCUCGUGCCGGCCAAGUGCCCAUACACGGAGGAGCAGCUCUUGAAGAUAUUCAACAUGUUCGACCGGGACGGCAACGGAUACAUAACCGCCGCUGAGCUGGCGCAUUCCAUGGCCAAGCUGGGCCAUGCCUUGACGGCGGAGGAGCUGACGGGGAUGAUCAAGGAGGCAGACACCGACGGAGAUGGUUGCAUCAACUUUCCCGAGUUCGCUCAGGCCAUAACCUCCGCUGCAUUCGACACUUCCUGGACUUGAUCCUCUCCCCCAAGUUUCCAUAGCUUUUU